AUGACCACUGUACGCAGCCAGUUCUUCAUCUCGCCUGAUUCGAUCAUCUCGCUGAGUUACGACGAUGUAGAUGGCCGAAUUGGAUGCGAGGUAAACGAGGAAGGCUCGGCCUUUCUACUGCCCGAGGGAUGGUCGUCUCUUCUGUUUUUCGUCGAAUCGCAAGAGCUCUCCCGGCCGCAGACACCGAUCCAUCCGCCUAAUGAACGUCCUCCAAGUCCGUACUACCCGGCCGUUCCACCGGAAGCGGCUCCGGCACCCAAGGCGUUCCUGCAAUGGAUGUACUACCAACAAGAUGCCGCGGACGGGCAAAAGGAUACGGUGUCGGAAGUUGUCGAAAAAGGACCUUCGAUUGCGCGCGCUGAAGAAGCAGAGCCCUUCACCCUUGCUGGAUACGGAAAUGUCUACAAUAUUUGGAAGCAGUUCCGCGGUAUUUAUGUUGGAAAACCGGAUGCGGAGCACGGGGAUUUCAAACGGCCGCAAACGAUCACCGAG